AUGGCAUCACCCGUCUUGCAGAAGCUGGAGGAGAAGCUGGUGUGCUCCAUCUGCCUGGAGCUGUUCAGGGUACCCGUGACCUUGCCCUGCGGGCACAAUUUCUGCAAGCAUUGCAUCAACGACCACUGGCACAAGCAAGAGCAGGUGCCCGCUGGGGCCAAGAAGGGCUACACGUGCCCCGAGUGCCGCAGGGGCUUCGAGCAGCGCCCGGAGCUGGAGAAGAAUGUCACCCUGGGCAACGUGGUGGAGCUGGCGAGAGAUGGCGAGGCGCGGGUCUCGGGCACAGAGAGGUGUGAGGUGACCCACCGCGAGCUGUGCCUGCAGCACGGGCGCCCACUGGAGCUGUACUGUGAGGACGAGCAGCGAUGCAUCUGCUGUGUCUGCACCGUCCAGCAGUGCCAGCGGCACCAGCGGGUGCUCUUCGAGGAGAAGCGCUCUAAAAAGCAGGGGGGGGCCCUUUUGAAAGAGUCCCUGGAAAAAGCCCAGGAGGAAUCGGAGAGGAUCGAGCGGGCGAUGCAGGAGCUGGACGAGCAAAUGCACAGCAUCAAGGACUCCACCAAGGGGCUCAAAUCGGUGAUUCUGAGCAAAUUUGCCCUCCUGAAGAAAGCCCUGGAGGAUAGCCAGUGGCAGACAGUGGCCAGGAUUGAGCAAGAGCAGGCAGCGGCGCUGGGGCACGUGUGGGAGAACUGGAGCCUCCUGAAGGACCGCCUGGACGUCCUUGACCAGCACAGGGAGAGGGCUCAGCGCCUGCUGGCCUGCCCCGACCACAGGACCUUCCUCCAGGAGUUCCCCCUGCUCCCACCUCUGGAGAGUGCGGAGGCAUGGUUUCCCAUGGAGUAUGAUGUGGCCGGCGUGGUCAAGCCCAUCACUGAGAUCCUCACCAACAUCUCCAGGCUCCUGCUGGAGGACCUGCCCGGCUCUGUGGUCCCCAAAGCUCCCGACCCCGUUGGCCAAGACCCGGUGCAUCCCCAGAGACUGGCGGUGACGGUGGUGGCCUCUCUCCCCGAGUGCCAGCUCCGAGCUGAGCUUCUGAAGGAUCACCGCAACCUGACCUUCGAUCCCAAGACAGCCAACAAGUACCUGGAGCUGUCAAAAGAUAACCGGAAAGCCAAGCACAGCCCCAGCGCCGUCUGCGGGCAGCAGGAGCAGGGACCCCGCUUCGAGCCCUGGCAGGUGCUGUGCACGCAGGGCUACGGCCAUGGCCACCACUACUGGGAGCUGAAGCUCUCCAGCCACUCAGUCAUCCUGGGGGUGACCUACCGCAGCCUCCCCCGGGAGUGGCAGCAGGGCCACAAGUUCAACAUCGGGCUGGACAGGGGCUCGUGGGGGCUGCAGGUGCGGGAGGAUUGCUACCUGGCCUGGCACGAGGGCCAGGCGGAGAAAAUCCAGGAGCAGCUGUAUAAGAAGCUGGGGGUCAGCCUGGAUUAUGGCAAGGGGCUCCUCUCCUUCUAUGGCCUUGGGGAGAGGACGCGGCUCAUCCACUCCUUCCACAAUGUCUUCACCGAGCCCCUUUAUCCCGUCUUCUGGCUGUGCGAGGGGCGAGAGGUGAUGCUGUCCCGGAGGGACUGA